CCUCCUCACGCGGUGGUUGUUACUCUAGCUGCCGGGCCCUAGCGAGGGUGAUGGAUUUUGAGAAUCUUUUCUCCAAACCCCCCAACCCGGCCCUGGGUAAAAAACCGACCACGGACUUUGAUGAAAGAAUUGAUGAUGGAAUAGAUGAUGCAGAAGUUGAAGAAACACAAGAAGAGAAAAGAAAAACACAAGAAGAGAAAAUAAAAUGGGAAGUAAAAUUGGAAUGUGAGCAAAUACCCAAAAAAUUUAGGCACUUUGGGAACUCCACAAUAUCCCCGAAGAAUUUGCAAUAUAGAAAAUCAAGAAGUAAGGACUAUGAUGUGUAUAGUGAUAAUGAGACCUGCAGUCAGGAAUCAGAAGAUAAUUUUGCUAAAGAGCUUCAGCAGUAUAUACAAGCUAAAGAAAUGGCAAAUGCCGCGCAAUCCUUACCAUUUCCUGAAGAAUCAAUGAAGAAAGAGGGAGUGAAGGAUAUCCAGAAAGCUGUUAAACAAAAAAAUAAAAACCCAAAAGCUGUCCAGAAGAAUGGUAAGCAGAAGAAAAUGAAGCGAAAACGGGCUGGUGUGGGCCAGAAAGGAUCCAACGCUUCCUUGCGGAACAGAAGCUCACAGGAACAGAACUUCCUCUUCCUUGGUCUGCGGAUGUAUUCAGGAUAG